AUGUCUUCAAACUCAUCUUCACCAAAGGAUGGCUGGUUCACCGAAACCGGCGUACUUAACUCUGACAAUGUCAAUUUGUCCAUCAAGGUCAAUGGCCUUCUUGACAAACGCAAAUCUGACUUUCAAGAUAUUCUUCUUUUUAAAAAUGACAUCUUUGGUCGAUGUCUCGUUCUCGACGAUGCCAUUCAGUGCACUGAACUGGAUGAAUCAGCGUACCAAGAGACGAUCUCUUUUCUGCCGCUUAAUAGCCACCCCGAUCCAAGGCGAGUGCUCAUCAUCGGCGGCGGAGACGGUGGUGUGGCUCGCGAGGUGAGCAAGCACCCCAAAGUGCAGGAGAUUAUUCAGUGCGAGAUUGACGAGGAGGUGGUGAAGGUGUCGAAGCAGUACCUGCCCUUCAUGGCCAGCGGAUUCGACAGUCCCAAACUGAAGCUGCUCUUCGCCGACGGCUACCAGUACGUGAUCGACCACAAGGCCGAGUUCGACGUCAUCAUCACCGACAGCUCUGACCCGAAGGGACCGGCGGUGACACUGUACCAGAAGGAGUACUACCGAGCACUGUACGAGGCGCUUCGUCCGGGUGGCAUCAUCUGCUGUCAGGCGGAGUCCUACUGGUUCGAUCUGCCCUUCAUCAAGGAGCUCUUCACCAAGGUCAAGCCCAUCUUCCCUUCAGUGGCGUACGCCUCCACGGCCGUCGCGUCCUACCCCUCCGGGCAGAUUGGCUUUCUCAUCUGCAGCAAAUCGGCCGAUGUCAACUUUGGCGAGCCGCUCCACGUCUUCACCGCCGAGGACUGUGACCAGCUGCAGCUGAAGUACUACUCGGCGGCGAUGCAUCGAAGCGCCUUCACGCUGCCACUCUUUGUGCACAAGGAACUCAACAAAACGUAA